AGCUCGCGGAACCUUUGGCGCGAGUCCUCGGGCUACGCCGGGAGCGCCGGAAGGGACUCGUGCGGACUGCUUCGGAGGAGGAGGGGAAGAGAGGACCGCGGGACCAUGGCUUCUGUGGUUGCUGUUUGCAGUGGGCCGGGGAGGAGAAAGGUUGUGAGCUUCCUAACGGCGGCUGUCAGCUGUCGAGCGGUGCUGUGGAGAAGUUGUUCACAGUAUAAACAGGUAGCCAGCAAUGAGGACCUGCCUGUUCCAAUAGAAAAUCCUUAUAAGGAGCCUCUUAAAAAGUGUGUCUUGUGUGGAAAACGUGUAGAUUAUAAGAAUGUACAGCUUUUGUCCCAGUUUAUUUCUCCAUUUACUGGAUGCAUUCAUGGAAGGCACAUAACAGGUCUUUGUGGGAAGAAACAAAAAGAAAUCACAAAAGCUAUUAAGAGAGCACAAAUAAUGGGAUUUAUGCCAGUUACAUACAAGGAUCCUGCAUACCUCAAAGACCCUAAAAUUUGUAACAUCAAAUAUCGGGAGUAAAUUAUAUAAAGUUAUUAUCAAUAAAUUUAUU